AUGGCUCUUGAUCCCUAUGGCGAUCGGUGGUACAGGGAUUUCACCGUACGAAUACUCCCAGUUGAGUGGAAGGUUGCAAAGCAAUCCAAGCAGAAGGGAUUCGUAGAGCCUUUGGGUGUCGCGGCCCUGUGCUUUACCGAGGUAGCGACUGGAGAGACAUUCAAGCUCUUUGAGUUUACUCUGGUCAGUUACACCAAGAAAGAGAUCAACGUCUCUGGAAUAUCAGACUCUGGCAUUCAGAUAACCGUAUCCAUUUUUGCACGAUCCCAGAACUAUAGCCAGCUGCUGGUUCUCCUAGAAUGUCUCCAGUCUCGCGACAGUGAUGCUUACUCAGCAGAGAGGAUUCCUCCCGCGACGCUAGCCACCGACUCAACCCCAAGCAAAUUCUUGAGCCACUACUUGACUAAAGCUGCUGCCGCUCUCGAUACCCGGCCCUCUUGUGGUAUUCCUGAGAUCGAGCGUGACCGCUUUCUUGCCGUCAUGCGACUCAUUAUUCGCAGGUGCAGUGCAACCAGCAAUAAGCCACCAGAUACAGCUAUUGAGGCCGACGCAGAAGCCGGGGAUGUAAUGCUACUGCCUUCUAGAAUAGAAGCCCACAGGAGACUGUUGGUUGAGAUGGGAAUAUGCAACGAUCUUUCUAAUUCAGAGAUGUCCCACAUGCAGAAGCUGCAGGUUGGACUGCCUGAUGUGGACCGAGAAGAAAUACUGCUAGAGCUUGGAAAGGCGUAUAAGCCUGCAUAUUUGCUCCCGAAAACAACGAAAACCAGUCAUAGAGACGAGCGCUAUACUCAGCAAUUAGAAGAAGUUAUCAGGAAUGCAGAGUCUCUUUGUAAUGAGAUAGACAACCAAGAUAAUAGUAACGGGACGGCGUGUGAGGUAGUGCGUAGCAACGCACGCCCCUGCGGCAUGAUAAACCUUUCAGAUAUGAGCGCGGUACACAGCGCUCGAGACCGUGACCACGAUCCGGUAGGAGACAGGGCUGCCCUAGGUAGCAACCAUGUGCCAGGUUCUGCAAAAUUCAUUAGGCGGCCAGUUAUAUCCACAUUCAAUGCGACAGUUGAAGAGAUACCAGACCUGACUACUCCUCUUUAA